CCCCAUCCCACCCAACAAACAUGUUGUUAUAAAAUCUUCCAUAAAGCACUAAAUUUGCAGUAAUUGUUUUGAGCUACUGAACACUCCACCUCUAUCAUUCAUGCAAGUGUAGACAUUUACACCCCUGGGAUGACAUCAUUUCUUUAUAGCUCCAGGGGGUUGGCAAUCUAGAGUUGCUGAUAGGCUCACAUGGAAAAGGGUGUGAUUUUACAAUAAAAGCAUGAAGCACCUACUGAGUCCAAGUAAAAAAAACAAGGCCAGGACGUUUUAUCUUUGCUCUGGAGUCAUCGCAAGACAACAAGUUGCGCCAAAAGAUUGUGAGCACUCUUUCGAACAUGAUGCCUAUCGCCGAAGGCAUGUCCCAUAUCCUACCCAAUCACGUUCUGAGAGUGGGUCAAACUAUACGUCUGGAACCCGAACAGGAGACGGUGACUGCGUGUUCACGGCCAAGCGAACCCAGCAGCCGCAUCGGGGAUGCGGAUCUGGACAUUUCCCUGGAUAAUCUCAACCAGCUCAUGCUUGAACUGGAUCCGAGCUUUGAACCAAUUCAGCCCAACAAAAACCAUGCGUGCAUCAUUCCGGUGACAGAAGGAUACUGCUCCUCGCCCACGGCAUCCCCCAGUGUUCCCGCCGCCAGACCCCCCAGUGUCAGCUUCAGUCCCCCGGGCACGUUGGUCUUUUCAGACUCCCCCUCCUUUUCGCGGCCUCCGCUGCCGUGUGGGGGCGCACCCAAAAGAAUUUCCCCAUUGAGGCAUGACAUAUCCUGUUCCCAAGGGUCCCUUCGCUUGUCCUACCCAAAUAGGAACAGUGCAGCCUCACUUCUCUCGACAUCAACAUGUUCAGAUACCAGCAUUUCCCUGGAUAAUCUCAACCAGCUCAUGCUUGAACUGGAUCCGAGCUUUGAACCAAUUCAGCCCAACAAAAACCAUGCGUGCAUCAUUCCGGUGACAGAAGGAUACUGCUCCUCGCCCACGGCAUCCCCCAGUGUUCCCGCCGCCAGACCCCCCAGUGUCAGCUUCAGUCCCCCGGGCACGCUGGUCUUUUCAGACUCCCCCUCCUUUUCGCGGCCUCCGCUGCCGUGUGGGGGCGCACCCAAAAGAAUUUCCCCAUUGAGGCAUGACAUAUCCUGUUCCCAAGGGUCCCUUCGCUUGUCCUACCCAAAUAGGAACAGUGCAGCCUCACUUCUCUCGACAUCAACAUGUUCAGAUACCAGCUACAUCCUUGGCAGCACCCAGUCUUUGGCCAGCGAAGAUGCAGACGGUCUCGGAUCAGUCCUCUCUCUCAGUGAUGGGUGUAGGACAAGGCAGUAUAUGGCCCAAGAUGGGUCAGAGAAGCGAGGACAGGAGAUGCCAGCCAACUGCUCAAUGAGCAGUCCUGAGCAGUCGCUCUCUGGGUCUUUUACUGAUAUUCCAUUGUUGCUGAUCAAUGGCGUACCACAUCGGGACAGUAAGAAAUCUCCUUCUUCAGACGAUGAAGUAGCACAGAGGCCAUUUACUCAUCACAGUUCCGAAGCCCAUUUAAAUGGGAGUCAGUCAUCAAUGAAAUUUGUUAUGGACUCUUCGAAAAUUUGGUUCCGUCCACAUAUAAGCAGAGCAGAAGCUGAGGCCUUUGUGAAGGACAAGGAACCAGGAACAUUUGUGGUGAGGGACAGCACUACAUACAGAGGAAGUUUUGGUCUCGCCAUGAAGGUUGACCAACUAGCAGCCGGUUCGGCAACUGCAGACAUUGGAGGAGAGGGCGGCUCGAAGUUUGUCAAACACUUCCUCAUCGAAUCAACAGCAAAGGGUGUUCGCGUUAAAGGCUCUUCUCAGGAACCGUACUUUGGAAGCCUCUCUGCACUGGUGUACCAGCAUACUAUUUCCACUUUUGCUUUACCUUGCAAAUUACUGCUCCGCUCCCAAGGACCGGGUGGAGAAGAGAGAACAAAAGACAAAUCACCCUUAGAGGAAAAGAAAGGAACAGCCUGCAAUUUCAUCUACCUGAAUGCUGUCCCCACUGAGAUGUUGACAGGACCUUGUGCAGUGGAGAAGGCGGUUUCCCUCACCCUCCAACUGCCGUCGGGCUCCUUUGAACCCGUCAUCGUGAACCUGAAAGUGUCUUUGAAGGGCAUCACUCUGACAGACAUCAACAGGAAGCAGUUCUUCAGACGCCAUUACCCCGCUCACCUGCUUAGUUAUGGUGGAAAUGAUCCAGAGGAUCGGAGGUGGAGAAAAGGUUUAAAUUUUGGUGCAAGGAUUUUUGGUUUUGUAGCAAAAGGUGUGGAGGCCGGCAUGGAGAACGUCUGCCAUGUCUUUGCUGAAUAUGACCCUCUGCAGCCCUGCAGCGCAGCUGUCAAUGUUAUUCAGGCUGUCAUCGCCCAAUCUUAGGUGCUCGAAUACUAAAAUACCAUCAAGCAUCGGGUUCUUCGCACAGAUUGUCUCUAUAUUUUUCAGGUAAAACUGCUGAGAGUUGAAGCAACAUCAACCAAUAAUAUUACCUUCAAAUAACAGCUUUCAAACCACGUGGAUGGCAAACUUGUGGAUGGCUUGUCAUACGCAGAAUAGCUUCUGUGCCAUUGUCACAGCAAACCUCGAUUUGCCGACUUAGGCUGUCUGUAAUACUGCUGGAGCAAUCAAAACACCUUUUGUGUUUUGUUAUUUCUCGCGUGGGCUUGCGUGCAUGGUAUAAGGCUUGUAUACGCACGCUAAAAUAAUCAGACAUGUUAUGACAUCAACACGCUCUGUGACUGUUUAGCACUUAAAUCCACUGUCUUGGCUCCUUUGGCGACCAUGUCUUUGCUGGUAACCAAUCAUUCCUGUCGAUUUCAGUCGUAGUAUUUGCCAUAGUGGUUUAGAGUACAUAAGAUUUCACUUUGCAAUUGUAUGGGAAGCCCUAGGGCAGACAAUAAAACAGGCUGCGGUACUUGAACAACCUUCAUACUACUUAGUUGGAUAAUAUUUAAAAAAAAAAUAUUCAAACUAUUUGCCUGGGAUAGGGAAAGUCAAAGGCACGAUCCAAGAGUCAAGAGAAAAUUCAAUUGUCAGUGGUUUAGAGGUGCUGAAAUCCUGCCCCGGCAUGAUUAAUGUCGCUGUUUUUAACACAGUAUUAUUCCCACAUUUAUGAAAAAGAAAAAAAACACAUUUUGGGAAAAUCUGGGACCAAACAUGUAACCCAACUGUAAAUGUUGAGCCAAAGACUGAAUUGGAUUCAGAAAACAAACAUCGGCUAACCGUAUUUUCUGGGAGAAUGAAACUGCAUUUCAAUACAGCAACACCUCUAACAUUCACAUUAACCGUAUUUGUGUACAUUUUUUUUCUCUGGAGUAAACCGGCCACUACUAGUACUAAAAUACCAAAAGUAGGACUCUGGACUUAUGUUUGGACGGUUAUGUGAGAUGCAAUGUACAACAUGUAAAACACUUGAACAAAACGUGACUUUUUUUUUUUUUUUAACACUCGCUCUCUUUUUGUGUCCUAAUAUGAGUUAGAAUGGUCAUGGGCAUCCCCUUAGCUUGUCAGGAGCACAUUGGCUUUAACAUGAACAUAUGCACACAAUGUUAGUCUUCCCCAUCACCAUGAUUGAUGCCCAUGACUUGAACGGAGCAUAAAUUUCAACAAAGUACUUUAUGUGAAUACACUUUUCCACAUUAUAAAGUAACUAUCUCUCAAACUAUAGGGGUGCAUACAUUAAAUUUAUGGGUGCUUGCGGACCCUCAAAAAUGGGCAAGAAAGGCCUACGCAUGAGACCAAUCAAAACGCAGCAGCAGCAGCAUCUCUCCGGUAGGCACAUUUUGACUGAUUCAUGUAUGAAGAUAUAGUGCAUCUAAGACGGUUUGCAGAUUAGAGGAACAUUUGUUUGUAACAAACAAAAAUAUAUUUUUAGACAGCUUUUAUUACGGCAAAUGCACAAUCUUGAUAAUGUAUAGGCUCCAAAUAAUCUGUGGAAUGAAACUAGCACCUUUCUUGUACAGCAUGAUGUUUUAUGCUAUAAGAUAAGCAACAUAUACAAAUCAGUGUUGCUUUGCUUCAUUAUAUCGAUUGUAUGAUAUUGUGAUGAAACAUUAGAAGGUUGAAAAGAAUAAAAUCGAAAAUUAAUUGUCUGAGUCAUCUCAAAGCAAAAACAUUGCAGGGAUGCACUAUAGAUCAUACUAUUUAUUGCACUGCCUUGUAAACAGUGUAUACUGUUUAUUAUUGUCUUGUUACUUUUUGUCAUGAUGAAUAAACAUGUUGAGCUUG